UGUGAUUGGACCGCUGCUCUGCUCCCGUCCGAAAAACGGUGUAGCACAGGGGUGUGUAGAAUAAACCAAUUGUGUCUGGGAUUCUCGGCUUCGUUGGAAAUCUAGCAGUACAACGACAACCAAUGCCGGAUUUUCAAGACGGUUACUCCUGAAAGACGGUGCAGUUCCCACUUUGUUGGGACAAUCUGGCGCUUCAGGAUCACAACCUUUUCAGAAAUUCCAUGCUCUAUGCCCAGAAGCCCAGCCUACUGACCUAAGAUGCCCACCCUUCAACCAAGUCGUGCUAGAUUAGAAAUUUUCUCCUCGUACUUGUCUUCCGCCACUAAAUUCCUGAGAAUUGUUUUAUGAAGAUGGAGAUUAGGCCUCUGUUGAUGUGCUUUGCUCUGUGCGUGGUCUAUGCCACCAGUAAACCCACAGAGAAGAAGAAACGUGUCCACCAGGAUGCGUCACUGAGCAGCAAGGAGCAUGAAGAUGACACAAACUUUGACUAUGACCACGAUGCCUUCCUUGGUGAGCAGGAAGCCAAGACUUUUGAUGACCUGACCCCAGAGGAAAGCAAGAAUAGGCUUGGUAAAAUGGUGGAUAAGAUUGAUGCAGACCAGGAUGGCUUUGUAACAGAGGCUGAGCUGAAAGCAUGGAUCAAAAAGGCUCAAAAGAAAUACAUCUAUGAUAAUGUGGAAAGGCAGUGGAAGGAUUUUGACAUGAAUAACGAUGGCAUGAUCUCCUGGGAUGAAUACAAGAAUGUAACAUAUGGCACCUACCUCGAUGACCCUGAGCCUGAUGAUGGCUACAACUACAAGCAGAUGAUGGCAAGAGAUGAACGACGCUUCAGAAUGGCUGAUGAUAAUGGAGACCACAUUGCUGACAAAGAGGAGUUCACUGCCUUCCUCCACCCUGAGGAGUAUGAACAUAUGAAGGACAUUGUUGUGUUGGAAACUAUGGAGGAUAUUGAUAAGAAUGGUGAUGGUUUUAUCGACCUAGAGGAGUAUAUUGGUGACAUGUACAACCAUGAGGAUGAAAUGGACGAGCCAGAAUGGGUGGCGACAGAGCGUGAGCAGUUUUCAGAGUUCAGAGACAAGAACAAGGAUGGGAAGAUGGACAAAGAGGAGACUAUGGACUGGAUUAUACCAUCUGACUAUGACCAUGCUGAGGCUGAAGCAAAGCAUCUGGUAUACGAGUCUGACACGAACAAGGAUGGCAAACUAACCAAAGAUGAAAUUCUAAACAAGUAUGACUUGUUUGUGGGAAGCCAAGCAACUGACUUUGGGGAGGCAUUGGUUCGGCAUGAUGAGUUUUGAUUAACUUUUGUAGUAUUAUAAAUAAUUACUUUUCAACUUGAUUUGUUAAGAAAUAUAAUUUAUUUUGUAUUGCCUCGUCAUAAUCCAACUCUAAACUCUCAAAUUUAGUUUACUUGGUGAUGGAUCAUUUUCCUUUUAUUUGCACAUGGAGAUUCGUAAUUGUUUUUGUUUUUUAAUGUAAAGUAUGUUCUCUGUAUAUGUUUUGCUCAGUCUUUGGAAUCACAGUCAAUGUACAGCAUUAUCAUUUCAUUAACUGUUUAUACUUAUUUUAAUGAGGAACGAUAUUGGACCUGUCUUGGGCUACGUCUAGGAGGUAACCGUCCGAUUGCAAAAGUCUCACGAGACUCACAUUUAUAGUUACUAAGAUUGGGGUUAGGGCUAGAUUUGGGUUAGGUUUUGGGGGGUAGGUGUAGGGUUUCUUUGGGACUCCAAAUAAACAUAAUAAACAGUGUGUGAACGUUGCAUGCAACUUUCAGCAUCCGGAUGGUUACCUUCUAGACUCGACCCCAGUCUUAGGGUUUUAUGCAGGAUGUAUAUUUGUGUGGUUUUGCUAAGACUUUACGUCCAUUGCUUUUCAGAGUAAUGAUCAGCUUGCCCUACUGUUCACAAUCCUAUUGGGAUUUUAUACAUUUAUAAUAUGGACUUUAUUCAAACUUGUUUAAAAUGUAUGCAUGUAUUUCAGUACGUAUCUAUAUAUGGUUUUAUACAUGUAUAGGUAAUCUCAAAUUUAUAUCCUGUGUGUACUUGUUUUGGCACAAACUCCAAAAGAUUUUUUGGCCUAGAUCAUGAGAAUAAUUUUUUUCUCCUCUUCACUAUCUUAAGACCGUAUCCAUGUGUAUUCCACUGAUAUUUUUAGAUGAAAUCUUGUGUUAUUCAUGGACUCAUCCCAUGAAUAUCUACUGCUAUCAGACUCCCAGUUUCUUCUCUUUGUCACUGUGCCUUUCGCUGAAUUUUGCCUUGUAAUUUCUAUCCGAUUUGGCACCUUAGUAGGGAGAACCUCAAAUUGUCAUGCCGUCAAAUCAAAGAUGUUACUAAAAUUAGCUGUUUUAAGCUUGAUAUUGAUGCAUUCUUUUGAAUUUAGCCACAUUUUGGCCAGUAUUUGUUUUAAACACAGGUCAAAACUCAACCUCAACUCAUCACAGCAUCUACAGAUUAUCUUUCAAACACCAAAUUGUCAAUAAAAUCUAAUAAUGAAAAAUAGUUUAUUAGUCAUUUAUUGGGACAAUUGUCUUGUUUUCACUAUUCACAAUUUUACCUUUCAUUGUCAGUUUUUAGAAAGAUCCCAAAAUAGCAGACAAUAAUGUUUAAAAUUCCUGUAAUAUUUAUUAAUUCUGUAUAUUUUGUAACGUAUAUUUACUGUAUAUACAUUAUUAAAGCGAUGGCCCUGGUUACAGUUACUGAUUGGAUAAGUAAAAAUGU